ACGCGCAUUGCGAGCAACCAGUUGCGGCGAUGAACAAGUCAGCGAGCGCACAAAGAACAAAGCUAAAAAAAAAGAAUUAAAAAAUUGGUAAAAAGUAAAACACGCGGCACGCGGCUAAGAAUAACUAAAAACAUAAGAACAAUAAAAAGUGCUUUAUCAGCAAGCGAGAGUUUAAUUUUUUUCUUUAUUCAAAAGAAGCUCCUUUGGAAAUUGAGACAAACAUCUCGUGAAAAAAGCGCAUUCUUACAUCAAGAAGCUAUAUAGAAAAUAAAAUGGAGAACGUGAGAACUUUCUUUUCUGGACAAAACAAAGAUGGAACUUUGACAAAUAAUCAGCGAAACGGUGGGUUAAAUCCGUUUACUGGGCGCAUCGUGCCUGCCGGCAUAGGCAGCGGACUGCAAGGCAAUAUGAGCCCACAUAGUGACGGAGUGGAUGUUAAAACUCAUCACGAAGUCAAGCGGAAAGAUAGCGACAGUUAUUUCUAUAUAAUGUGGCGCUCGUAAAUCGCAUCAUUAGUUGACUAGACUCCAACGCAACUUGUUAUUCUAAAGUUACCUGCAGUCAACUUACACAACAUCUAUAAACUUAUAUAUUCAAUUAAAAUAAUUUAUUUUUUACAUAUAUGUAUAUAUCUUUUGUGAACAUACAUAUGUACGUAAAUUUAUAAGUUGCAUAAAAUUUUAUAUGCUAGUGAUAUUAGUUUUAGAUUUUUUUUUUACAUUUGUAUUUACACAUACAGAACUAA